AUGAUUAGAAGAAGGGAACAAUUACCAGAUACGUUAGAGUUUGAUGACAAGUAUAUACUAAAAAGAGAAAUUCAAACUCCAAGGCAAGGAAUCCAUGAUGAAGUAUAUCGAGUGAUACUAAAAGGAGAGCUCAACACUAGUAUCGAGUUCCGGAAAGCGAAGGCCCGUUACGAGAGAGAAGUCUUGGCAAAAAGGACCAAAUAUUCUUUUGAACCCGUAGCGAUACUGCCACCGAUCAGCACCCAGAACUCCGAAAAUAUCAAAGAUCACAUACUCCUUGAAGACGAAGCGACAUUUCUCCAACAACAGGAUCUUGUGAGGCAAGCAAGUAACCAACAAUUAAGUAUGGAGAGAAGCGAACAUGAGAAACAAUUGUAUUACCAUGUAGCAGAAAGCAGAAAACUCCCACCAACAGAGUUGGAGAAGAAAACAACUACCCCAUUGGAAAACGACGAAGUCAUAUGCCUGACCGACGAGUCAUUGCAUAAUGACUUACACUUAUUAUGGAAGGAGGUCACUCAUGACAACGGGAACCAACCAUCAACCCACCACCACAGGAACCAACCAUCCAUCACUACUAUAACCAUCACGCCCAGCACCAAGGCCACCACACUUCCAGUCCAGGGACCAAAAGAAGGAAGGAGACUAGCUGAUCCUACAAGCAAACGAAGUAUCAAGAAGAAGAGUUUCGGAUCCCUGCGCACUCGACCGCAGUAA